AGCGAAUUCGUCGACGCGCGUGCGGUAAAUCGUAACAUCACAAAAAGUGUCACUUUGUAUGCUAGCUGUGCUCACGUUGCAGCAUCACAUUUAGGUUUGGGUCUUUAUUCAUGGGAAAGAUGUCCAACGACAACAGCCGUACUCAUCUUAUCCUUAAAUUAGCUAGAGAAGCAACUGAACGACAGAAUUAUGGAUGGGAAGUUAGGGAGGAGGAAGUCGAUGUUUUUGAUAUUCAAGAUUCCGAAUUGAUUCAGAAUCAUAACGAAGAUGGUCCAGAAACUUUGUCGAAUGCCGUAGACAUAGAGGCGCAGCUAGAAUUUCCAGUCGAAAUAAAUGUAACAAGCAACCAGCGUAAUCCCAGAUUGACUGAAGAUUGUACAGUUGUAGAUGAUCAGUCACUGUCAGAUCCAUUCAGUACUGAUGAUAGCAAUGCCGAUCCUGAUUAUGAUGUGAGUGAAGAGACAUCCACCACUUCAAGUUUAGCGUCAUCAUUAAUAAACGAGCCUGCAACGCUUCAUGAUGAAAGCAGUGGGGUUAAGAAAAGGAAGGUGCUAAACGCCUCCAAAUCAGAAAAAAAGGCAAAAAGCGGACAUCUAACAAGGAAAACUGGAUAA